AUGUGUGAUGUCGUUCAACAACAAAUCGAACGUGUGAACGAAGAAUUAAAAGCCAGGGAUCCAGAAAUCUGCGAGAAGCUCGAGAAAUUAAAAGCAGAAUUAGCCGAUUUGAAAGAAGACCUUAUUAAAUUAUAUGAAGAAAUCAAGAAAUUAAAAGCAGAAUUAGCCGAUUUGAAAGAAGACCUUAUUAAAUUAUAUGAAGAAAUCAAGAAACUGUUUUUGAAACGUUUCAAUGAGCUGAGAGACGAUAUUAGAAUCAAAACCAAACCAAUCGUCAAACGUUGGACACCAAUCAUCAAGGACAUAGAAGAGAUUAUAUUAGCUUUGAUCCCUGAAAAGAAGAAAGAAAUCAAGAAAAACACAUAAAUAAGACUUAUUAAUUUCAUAUACGAUUAAC